AUGCUCACCUUUCGCAAAGCCCUCGUCGCGGCCGUCCUCUUGAUCGCCUUCAUCGCCCUCAUCCGGUCGUCGCAUUCAUCUGCCUCCCCCGCGCCGUCUCCCCUCCCCGUCUCCGAAGAGAUCGACCGCGACGAGAGUUAUGCAACGGAAGAACGGCCCCCGAGUCAGAAAACGGCCCGCGUCCAACAACAGCCCCUCGAGCCACCGGCCAGCGCUCCCUUACGCGACCGGUUGCGAUAUCAAUUUCCCUACGACCUAGACGGCAAAUUUCCCGCCUACAUCUGGCAGACCUGGAAGUACACCCCGGGCUCGCUGUGGUUCACCCCGGAACUGCGCGAUGCCGAGGCCAGCUGGACCGAAUUGCACCCGGGGUUCGUGCACGAGGUCAUCCCGGACGAUACGCAGCGCCAUCUGAUCAAGUACCUCUACGGCUCGGUGCCCGACGUUUUUGAGGCCUACGACUCAAUGCCACUGCCCGUCCUCAAAGCUGAUUUCUUCCGCUAUCUGAUCCUACUGGCGCGCGGCGGCAUCUACAGCGACAUCGAUACAACGGCCUUGAAACCGGCGCUGGAUUGGUUGCCGUCGGAGUUUGACCUGUCGACUGUCGGCUUCGUCGUCGGCAUCGAAGCCGACCCCGAUCGCCCGGACUGGCACGAUUGGUACUCGCGUCGCAUCCAGUUCUGUCAGUGGACCAUUCAGGCCAAACCGGGCCACCCCAUCCUGCGCGACAUUGUGGCCUACAUCACCGAGGAGGCCCUGCGGAUGAAGAAGAAGGGCAUUCUCAAGACGGGCAAGAUGGACAAGACGAUCGUCGAGUUCACUGGUCCGGCCGCUUGGACGGACGCCGUCUUCCGCUACUUCAACAAUCCGGACUAUUUCAACAUCGAGCCGGGGUCGGACCUGAACGUCACUUAUGAGGAUUUCACGAACCAGGAGGGGUACAAGAAGGUCGGCGACGUGGUGGUUCUGCCCAUCACCAGCUUCAGCCCUGGCGUGCAGCAAAUGGGAGCUCAGGAUAUCGACGAUCCAAUGGCGUUCGUCAAGCAUGACUUUGGAGGAACUUGGAAAUCCGACCCUUCUCUAUAA